UAACUUCAAUUCAAACGAAUCACUUUUUUAUCUGACAUUAGCAUACUUUUUCCUCGCAAGCCUCUGUAAGGCAACAUAAAUAUAAAUACAAACCGUAACAUUUCUGGUUCUGGUGGGGGGAACAAGUCGAGCAAGUGGACCUCGCUGUCCCUUUUGCCAAUCCCUGACGGCUACCUUGAUGCCAUCAAGUUCCCGCUGAGUACUUACCAGGGGGAAAAUUGUCUAGAUUCGUUCUCCGGGGCCGCUAAGAAAUGAAUAUUACCCGACCCAGGUGGGAAUCUAACCCACAACAUUCAGAACCGAUCGCUCAGGUACCCACGCCGCAAAUGUUUAAUGACCAUAACGUCCUCGUGUAACAUUGUGUCAACCAAAAUAUUUUCAACAUUUUCCGAAAUAUCUUUUGACAUAUCACUUGGCCGACUUGAUAAAAUAACUCAACAAAUUAUUACGCAUAUGCAAUUGACUAUAGUUUUGAGCUUUUUAAAUUACAAUCUACAAUACAAAAAAUUCACAAUUUAAAAAUAAAAAUUGAAUCUUCGAGAUUAAACUAUAAUGCGCGAUCCUUAUAUAAACAAAAUACUAUUUCUUUUUUCAAUAAGUUAUCAUGUGAACAGCUGCAACAUUUUAUUCAAUCUACGGUAUUAAAAUCUAAAAAAAAUACAAACAGAUCAUACUUUAAUAUAAAUGAAAGCUCUUCAAAAUUAUCAGUAACAUUUAUUUAGUAUAAUCACUCAAACAAGUUUAUUUUUUUUAAAUAAUGUCAAAAUUAAAGCCUGGAGUAGCGAAACUUAUAAUUCCAAGACGUACAUACGCAGAGUGUGGGGGCGGAUCGAAUAAGAAAGGUUUAGUGUUGGGUGCUUAUGAUGGCUGUAAUCCAGGAGAACUCAAAUUCACAAAAGCUGCUAAAAUAUUUGAUGAUAAAAUGGGAGGAAAGAUUUCUUCACUAGUAAAAGGUGGUGCUGGCAUUUCAAAAGGAACGGCACAGGUCUUCACAAAUUUAGGUGAUGAAUUCUACUCCAUUGCUGUAGCUGGAUUAGGAGAAGAAGGGGCAGGUUAUAAUACUUUAGAAAUUCUUGAUGAAUGUAAAGAAAAUAUUCGAUGGGCUGCUGCCACUGGGGCUAGAGCUUUACAAGAUUCAGGUAUUAACAAUAUAUUGGUAGAGGAAUUUACAAAUGCCGAAGCUGCUGCAGAAGGUGCAAAUUUGGCAGUUUGGCAAUACCAAGAUGUGAGAAGUCCUUCCGACCAUAAACCAAUCGCCAAGGUAGAUCUGUACAACAGCGAUGACAGGGAUGGUUGGUCAAGAGGAAUGAUUAAAUCGGAUUGCCAAAACUUUGCUAGGCGCUUGGAAGAAACUCCAGGAAAUUUAAUGACCCCUACAAUCUUUGCUCAGUGGGUGAUAGAUGCAUUAUGUCCCUGUGGUAUACAAGUAGAAGUGCGUGAUAGAGAUUGGCUUGAAGCAAAGAAGAUGGCAGCCUUGCUUACAAUUGCCAAAGGCUCUUGUGAAGAGCCACUUAUGAUCGAAAUGGGUUACUGUGGUGGUAAGCCUGAAGAUAAACCUAUAGUUUUUGUAGGAAAAGGAGUUACUUUUGAUUCUGGUGGUCUUUGCUUGAAGAAAUGUAAAGGAAUGAGUGAUAAACGUGGUGAUGUGGCUGGUGCUGCUGUCUGCGCUGCUGUUAUAAAGUGUGUGGCACAGAUGGCGUUACCAGUCAACGUUAGAGUGCUAACACCUCUUAUGGAAAGUAUGAUUGGAGGAUCAGCAAUCAAAGCAGGUGAUGUUGUUACUGCUUACAAUGGAAAAACAGUUCAAAUAGAAAAUCCUGACAAUGAAGGACGUGUCAUGUUGCUAGAACCAUUGGCAUAUUCAAUGACACAUCUCCCUUGUCUCUUGAGUACUAUUGCUUCCCUCACAGGUACCACGACACGUGGGUUAGGUUCUGGUGCAUCUGCCUCCUUUUCAACUUCUAAUGAUGUAUUCAGGGAACUUGAAAGAGCUGGAAGUGAAACCGGCGACAGAGUAUGGAGGUUUCCAUUCUGGAAAUACUAUACAGAAAAAGUUACAGACUAUCCCAGCUUUGAUGUCAGUAAUGUUGGAAAAGGCUAUGGUGAAACAUGUAAGGGAGCUGCGUUUCUGAGGGAAUUUGUAGACCAGGGUAUAGACUUUCUCCAUGUAGACAUCCAUGGAACUGGCUUAAAAGUAACGGAAUCGUGUUUUCCGUAUCUUAAAAAAGGUUGGAUGUCAGGAAGACCUACUCGAACCCUAGCACAAUUUGUAUACCAAAUUGUCUGCCCACAUGAUAAGGGAGAUGACUGUUAGUACACAUCGAGGGAACAAAGAAAUGUAAUUUGUGCUGUGUAAUGUGUUUGUAAUUGCUCAUAAUAAAUGUGUUCAUUGUCCAACAGA